AUGCCUCAAGAGCUAUUUGACAUGAUCGCAAAUGAGAUUCCUCCAAACGUCACCAAGCAAAUUGCGAAUGCAAGCUUAAAGCACGAAUGUGCUGACAAUAUCUUAUGGAGGGCUAUUUUUGCCUCUGACGAAUGGAUCAAUUUAGCUGAACACAUCCUGAAAGAAGCGACGUAUAUGAAAGUACCAGGCCCAAUUCUUAUUGGAAGGAAUUUAUCAAGCAUCGGCAACCCAAUGGACAGCAAUCAGCAACAUCAGCACAUCCUCUUAGCGGCCAAUGAUUGGACAGGCGACUUACGCUUUCACCAGGAAGUCUUUUUUAAAUCGCUCAGAAAAGACUACAAGUAUCGCCAGAAAGACCAGAAGGUGAUCUUUCCUAAGGCUAUGCUGAGAACCUUGCCUGACGGUGAGUGUGUGUCCGUUCCAGGCAUUACUCUAUACAUCCAAAACCUAAACGGUGCAGAAGACAUUGAGCUUCCUAGAAAGGAUCUCAAACGCCUGUUCGACAAAAAACUCAUACAAACCCAAUACAGCUCAUCCUCACUGAAGAAAGUGCAGACCAUCAAGGCUUCUGAUGUCUGUGGACUCCUCAAUAAAGGACUUUCCACGCCAGGUGACUUGAGUCCAAUUUGCAGCAUAACAUUCAAGACCUGCAUCGGCCCCUGGCAACUCUCAUUCAUCACCCCGGAAAGUGAGAAAUACGAGCUCAAAGCUGUUUGUCGGAAGGUCGGCUAUGUUACCUUCGUGACUGGAUGGGAAGGUGUCCGUAAAUUCGACGGAAGAUGGUGGCUGUUGGGGAAUAACCAUUAA